GAAAGCGGAGUCUGCCUCCUGCCCGCCUGGCUGCCUGGGAAUUUGGUUUUUUUAAAGCACACCAGCGGCCACUGCCAUGGCUGAACGCCGAGCCUUCGCCCAAAAAAUCAGCAGGACUGUGGCAGCAGAGGUCAGGAAGCAGAUAGCCGGUCAGUACGGUGGGUCCCCGCAACUCUUCAAGAACCUCAACGUGGGGACCGCGGCGAGCACCACGGUCCCCCUCACAGAGGCCGUGGAGCCGGUGGAUUUUGAGGACUACCUCAUCACUCACCCUCCCAUCGUCGAGUCGGGUCCCCUGAGAGAUCUGAUCGAGUUCCCCCCGGAUGACAUCGAGGUCAUCCACACGCCCAGGGAGUGUCGCACGGUGGCGCCAGCGGUCCCGGAGGAAGGGGACACGGACGCUCACGUCAGAGACUGCGUCCGAUCCUACACAGAAGAUUGGGCCGUCGUCAACAGGAAAUACCACAAGCUUGGUACGGGCUUCAACCCCAACACUCUGGACAAGCAGAAGGAGCGUCAGAAAGGCCUCCCCAAGCAGGUGUUUGAGGCCGAUGAGAUGCCGGACAGCAGCAGCUACCAGGAUGACCAGGAUGACCUGAAGCGGCGGUCGAUGUCCAUAGACGACACCCCGCGCGGCAGCUGGGCCUGCAGCAUCUUCGACCUGAAGAACUCCCUCCCCGACGCCCUCCUGCCUCACCUCCUGGACCGCGCCCCCAACGAGGAGAUCGACCGGCACAACGAGGAGCACCGCAAGGCCAACCGCCACCGCGAGCUCUUCGCUCUGCACCCGGCCCUCGACGAGGAGGAGCCCAUUGAACGCCACUGUGUGCCUGAAGUACCCAAAGAACACUUUGGCCAGAGGCUACUCGUCAAGUGCUUGUCCUUGAAGUUCGAGAUCGAAAUCGAACCGAUAUUUGCAAGUUUGGCCUUAUACGACGUCAAGGAAAAGAAAAAGAUAUCGGAGACCUUUUUCUUCGACCUGAACUCGGAGCAGACGAAGGGGAUGCUGCGUCCGCACGUUCAGACGGCAGCCAUCUCCACGCUGGCACGCUCCGCCAUUUUCUCCAUCUCCUACCCUUCCCAAGAUGUCUUCCUCGUCAUCAAGCUCGAAAAGGUGCUGCAGCAAGGUGAUAUUGGAGAGUGUGCCGAGCCCUACAUGGUCUUCAAAGAGUCCGACGCUGCCAAGAAUAAAGAGAAGUUGGAGAAGCUCCGCGGCCAAUCGGAGCAGUUCUGCCAACGUCUGGGUCGGUACCGCAUGCCCUUCGCCUGGACCGCCAUCCACCUGAUGAACAUCGUGAACAGCGCUGGAAGUCUGGAGAGAGACACGGAGCUGGAGAUGAGCCUCACGGAGAGAAAAGGCUCAUGGUCAGAACGAAGGAACUCGAGCAUCAUGGGACGGCGUUCCCUGGAGAGGACCACCAGUGGAGAUGAGUCGUGCAGUCUGACGGGAUUUAGACCGGCGACACUUACCAUCACCAACUUUUUCAAACAGGAGGGGGACCGACUGAGUGAUGAGGACCUGUACAAGUUCUUAGCCGACAUGAGAAGGCCUUCUUCAGUGCUGAGGAGACUCCGACCCAUCACAGCCCAGUUGAAGUUGGACAUUUCUCCCGCUCCGGAGAACCCUCACUAUUGCUUGACCCCUGACCUCCUGCAGGUCAAACCUUACCCAGACAGCAGGGUGCGCCCCACCAGAGAGAUCCUGGAGUUCCCUGCCAGGGACGUCUAUAUGCCAAACACCACAUACAGGAAUCUGCUGUACGUGAACGCUCAGAGUCUGAACUUCGCCAACCGCCAAGGCUCCGCCCGCAACAUCACCGUCAAAGUGCAGUUCAUGAGCGGAGAGGAUCCCAACAACGCCAUGCCGGUGAUAUUUGGCAAGUCCAGCUGUGCAGAUUUCGCUAAAGAAGCUUACACUGCUGUGGUGUACCAUAACAGGUCCCCCGAUUUCCACGACGAGAUCAAGAUCAAGCUGCCCGCCUUCCUGUCGGACCACCACCACAUCCUCUUCACUUUCUACCACGUCAGCUGCCAGCAGAAGCAGAACACACCCCUGGAGACCCCCGUGGGAUACACGUGGAUCCCCAUGCUGCAGAACGGACGUCUGCGGACCGGUCAUUUCUGUCUGCCCGUGUCUCUGGAGAAACCUCCACAAUCCUACUCUGUUCUCUCACCAGAUGUUCCUCUCCCUGGGAUGAAGUGGGUGGACAACCAUCGAGGAGUCUUCAACGUGGAGGUCGUGGCUGUUUCAUCCAUCCACACGCAGGACCAGUACCUGGAUAAAUUCUUCGCCCUGGUUCACGCCCUGGACGAGCACACGUUCCCGGUUCGGAUCGGAGACGUACGCAUCAUGGAGAACAACCUGGAGGCGGAGCUCAAGUCCAGCAUCGCGGCGCUCAACUCCUCCCAGCUGGAGCCGGUGGUUCGAUUCCUUCACCCUCUUCUCGACAAGUUGGUGCUGCUCGUGGUGCGGCCGCCGGUCAUCGCUGGGCAGAUAGUGAAUCUGGGCCAGGCGUCCUUCGAGGUCAUAGCGUCCAUCGUGAACCGGCUUCACAAGUACCUGGACACCAGCCAGGACAUGCACGGCCGUAACGGCCUGCUGUCGUCCUACAUCCACUACGUCUUCCGCUUGCCCAGCACCGACCCCAACAAGCCCUCUGCAGGCGCGGGGGGGCUGGGAGGCUCGGUCCACUACGCCACAAUGGCUCGCUCGGCCGUCCGCCCGGCCAGCCUCAACCUCAACCGCUCCCGUAGCCUUAGCAACAGCAACCCCGACAUCUCGGGCACGCCCACCUCUCCCGACGACGAGGUGCGCUCCAUCAUCGGCGGCAAGGCCAUGGAGCGCAGUGGCAAUCGCAUGUCCUCGCACACUGAGAGCGCCAGUUUCUUGCAAACUUUAACGGGACGGUUGCCCACAAAGAAGCUCUUCCAUGAAGAACUGGCCCUCCAGUGGGUGGUGAGCAGCGGCAGCGUCAGGGAGGGGGCGCUCCAACAGGCCUGGUUCUUCUUUGAACUCAUGGUCAAAAGCAUCAUCCACCACCUGUACUUCACCGACCGCUUGGAGUCACCCAGGAAGAACCGCUUCCCGGAGCGCUUCAUGGAUGACAUCACGGCGCUGGUCAGCACCAUCUCCGGAGACAUCGUGUCUCGCUUCCAGAAGGACCUGGAGCUGGUGGAGAGGCUCAACACCAGUCUGGCUUUCUUCCUCAACGACUUGCUGUCGGUCAUGGACCGAGGCUUCGUCUUCACCCUCAUCAGGGCGUACUGGAAACAGGUGUCCACAAAGAUCUACGCUCUGCAGAACCCAACCCUGGAGUCUCUGAGGCUCGAUUUCCUGAGAAUCGUAUGCAGCCACGAACACUACGUCACCCUCAACCUGCCCUGCAGCCUGCUCACCCCGCCGGCCUCGCCUUCCCCCUCCGUGUCUUCAGCAACUUCACAGAGCUCUGGGUUCUCCACAAACGUCCAGGACCAAAAGAUCGCCAACAUGUUCGAGCUGUCCGUUCCCUUCAGGGAGCAACACUACCUGGCCGGGCUGGUGCUGUCGCAGCUGUCGGUGAUACUGGACCCGGACAACGAAGGGAUGUUCAGCCUCCAUAAGAAGGUGGUGAGCGUCGUUCACAACCUGCUGUCCAGCCACGACUCUGACCCCCGCUACGCCGACCCCGAGGUCAAGGCCCGCGUCGCCAUGCUCUACCUGCCUCUCAUUGGCAUCGUCAUGGAAACGCUAACGCAGCUCCACGACUUCACAGAGUCCCAUAACCAGUGGGGGCGGCCGGGCCCCCAGGGGGCGUCGCCGGGCGGCGGUGGCGAGGAGGCAGAAGGCGAGGGCAACAGCCUGAUCAGCCAGACCGUCGCCAUGGCGAUAGCGGGCACCUCCACCCCCACCCCGAUGUCCCGGCCAACCAGCUUCUUGCUGAACUCGCAGGCGAGUCGUCAGCACGGGAGCUUCUCGGCCGAGUCCAGUCGCAGUCUGCUCAUCUGCCUGCUCUGGGUUCUGAAGAACGCCGACGAGCUGGUGCUGCAGAAGUGGUUCAUGGACCUGUCGGUGUCGCAGCUCAACCGGCUGCUGGACCUCCUCUACCUCUGCGUCUCCUGCUUCGAGUACAAGGCCCAUGUUGUGUUCACCAUGCAGGGGAAGAAGGCGUUCGAGCGGAUGAACAGCCUGACCUUCAAGAAGUCCAAGGACAUGAAGGCCAAGCUGGAGGAGGCCAUCUUGGGAAGCAUCGGGGCCCGACAGGAGAUGGUGCGACGCAGCCGCGGACAGCUGGAGCGGAGUCCAUCUGGCAGCACGUUCGGCAGUCAGGAGAACCUCCGCUGGAGGAAGGACAUGACGCACUGGAGGCAGAACAGCGAGAAGAUGGACAAGAGUCACAGAUCCAUCAGGACCCGGGCCGAGCUGGAGCACGAGGCGCUCAUCGACGGUAACCUGGCAACGGAGGCCAACGUCAUCAUCCUCGACACUUUGGAGAUCAUUGUGCAGACGGUGUCCGUGACGGAGUCCAAGGAGAGCGUCCUGGGUGGCGUGCUGAAGGUGUUGCUCCACAGCAUGGCGUGCAACCAGAGCGCCCUCUACCUGCAGCACUGCUUCGCCACGCAGAGGGCGCUGGUGUCCAAGUUCCCCGAGCUGCUGUUCGAGGAGGAGACGGAGCAGUGUGCCGACCUGUGCCUGCGGCUGCUCCGCAGCUGCAGCAGCAGCAUCGGCUGCAUCCGGGCGCACGCCAGUGCCUCGCUCUACCUGCUCAUGAGGCAGAACUUUGAGAUCGGCAAUAACUUCGCCCGAGUGAAGAUGCAGGUCACCAUAUCUCUGUCGUCGCUGGUGGGAACGUCUCAGAACUUCAACGAGGAGUUCCUGCGUCGCUCCCUGAAGACGAUCCUGACGUACGCCGAGGAGGACCUGGAGCUGCGGGAGACCACGUUCCCCGACCAGGUCCAGGACCUCGUGUUCAACUUGCACAUGAUCCUGUCCGACACCGUCAAGAUGAAGGAGCACCAGGAAGACCCCGAGAUGCUGAUAGACCUCAUGUACAGGAUCGCUAAGGGUUACCAGACGUCGCCGGACCUGCGGCUGACGUGGCUCCAGAACAUGGCGGGCAAACACUCGGAGAGGAACAACCACGCCGAGGCGGCCCAGUGCCUGGUGCACAGCGCCGCCCUGGUGGCCGAGUACCUGAGCAUGCUGGAGGACCGCAAGUACCUGCCGGUGGGCUGCGUGACCUUCCAGAACAUCUCCUCCAACGUGCUGGAGGAAUCGGCCGUCUCCGACGACGUGGUGUCUCCAGACGAGGAGGGCAUCUGCUCCGGGAAGUACUUCACGGAGAUCGGCCUGGUGGGACUCCUGGAGCAGGCGGCCGCCUCCUUCUCCAUGGCGGGCAUGUACGAGGCGGUGAACGAGGUGUACAAGGUUCUGAUUCCCGUCCACGAGGCCAACCGGGACGCCAAGAAGCUGGCCACCAUUCAUGGUAAACUGCAGGAGGCCUUUGGCAAAAUUGUGCAUCAGAGCACUGGCUGGGAGAGGAUGUUCGGUACGUACUUCAGAAUCGGCAUUUACGGCCCGAAGUUCGGCGACUUGGACGAGCAGGAGUUUGUGUACAAGGAGCCGGCCAUCACCAAGCUGGCGGAGAUUUCUCACAGGCUGGAGGGCUUCUAUGGCGAGCGUUUCGGAGAGGACCAGGUGGAAGUCAUCAAGGACUCUAACCCCGUGGACAAGUGCAAGUUGGACCCGAAUAAGGCCUUCAUCCAGAUCACGUACGUGGAGCCGUACUUCGACGCGUACGAGAUGAAGGACCGCAUCACGUACUUCGACAAGAACUACAACCUGCGGCGCUUCGUGUACUGCACGCCGUUCACGCUGGACGGCCGCGCCCACGGCGACCUGCACGAGCAGUUCAAGCGCAAGACCAUCCUCACCACGUCGCACGCGUUCCCCUACAUCAAGACGCGCAUCAACAUCAUCCACAAGGAGGAGGUCAUAUCCACGCCCAUCGAGGUGGCGAUCGAAGACAUGCAGAAGAAGACUCAGGAGCUGGCCUUCGCCACGCACCAGGACCCCGCCGACGCCAAGAUGCUGCAGAUGGUCCUCCAGGGGUCCGUGGGCACGACCGUCAACCAGGGUCCCUUGGAGGUGGCUCAGGUCUUCCUGUCCGAGAUUCCCAUCGACCCGAAGCUGUACAGACACCACAAUAAGCUCCGCCUCUGCUUCAAAGACUUCACAAAGAGGUGUGAAGACGCGCUGCGUAAGAACAAGAGCCUGAUUGGUCCGGACCAGAAGGAGUACCAGAGGGAGCUGGAGAAGAACUACCACCGCCUGAAGGAGGCGCUGCAGCCCCUCAUCAACAGAAAGAUCCCACAGCUCUACAAGCCCGUGCUUCAGGUCAACUCACACAGCAAACGGACGGCUUGACCAGAGAUUCCUUCAGCCGGAUGAGUCUCCGCAAGCUCGACAUGUGAAGGAAGAAGAACACAGGCGCACAAACACACCACAAACUGCAAUAUUAAUUUAUUCUACAUUGUAAAUAGGAGUCUUUUUGAAGGCCGGGUCAGUUUUUUUUCCAGAUAGCAUGUCAAAGAAUAAGUAUUGCGGGCUUUGGUACGUCAUUCCAGCGUCUUAAGUUGUUUACAUACAAACUGUUACGCAAUCAGAGGGACAUUGGAGUAGAGAUGAAGGCGAUGAAGGAGAAUCUUUCUUUGCUGGCCACUUGUCACACGUCUUGUCCUCACACCACAAAUAUCACGUUUAGAACCCAACAGAACCUUCUGGAUGUGCACCAACGAGCCACUGAACACAGAAUGCUUAGAGAUCCUUUUAUUGGUUCAUUAAAAGUGCCAAAAAAGAAAAGAAAAAAACACUUUUCUCCUGCAGAGAAGGUGACAUUUAAAAAAAAAAGUCAGGUAAAACGAUGAACCACCAGAAAUCUAUUCAAUUUCAUGUGUGCACUUUUUUAUUACUGCGUAGCAAAAUGCAUUUUACAAGUAAACGGUAAUACAUUUUUUGGGGGGGGGGGGGCUUAAAAAAACAAAACAAGUGGUACCAUUAUUUAUCAUGAUUGCUUUAUUAUUAUUUAAAAGAAUGUUUUUAAAAAGGUAGGUGCUUUGAACAUCCUUGUAUUAUUUCAUGUAGUUUUAUGUUUAUUUUAAAUAUUUUACUAAAUAAAUAUUUUAAUGUUC